AUGAUCUGUCUCUAAUCAUGAUGUUUUGUGUUCCUUCUUUCACAGUUCAACCUGCAGAGACUCAGCCAGUGCAAAGUGAACCUUUGAGUGUGCACCAUCACCUGCUCAGCAUUCCUGAGCUCAGCCACUACCUGGCAGAGAGCUACCUGACCUGCUGUCUCUACCUGCAGGAAAUGUUGCAAUACAAACGACAGAACCACGGCAAGUUUUGCAUGAUGAUGUGCAGUGGUAGCUUUGUACUUGCUGUGGUUGGCCACUAUGUACCAGGAAUCAUGAUCUCCUAUAUUAUAGCGCUGAGUGUCCUGCUGUGGCCACUGGUGGUUUACCACGAGCUGAUUCAGAGGAUGUACACUGCCUUAGAGCCAGUCCUGAUGAAACUGGACUACAGCAUGAAGGGACACACUGGGCAUCGCAAGCACGACAAGAAAAAGGUGAAAAAGGAGGUGGAGGAAGGAGAUGAGCCACGAGCUGAAACAGAGAGUGAGAGUGAGGAAGAGCUGUCCUGUUUCGCCACAACGGUGGACAUGAAGACCACGGCCCUAGCGAUGGCCAUCACAGAUUCAGAGCUGUCAGAUGAGGAGGCAUCUAUCUUGGAGAGUGGAGGAUUCUCUGUGUCCAGAGCCACCACUCCUCAACUCACCGACGUCUCAGAAGACCUGGACCAGCAGAGUGUACACAGUGACCCAGAAGAAGCCUAUCUACGGGAUCUGCCCGAGUUCCCCUCAGUGGAGGAGUUCCCGUCCAUCGAGCACAACCUGCUCCACUUCCCUCUCCGAGGCCAUUCCCAGGCUGACGGUGUUCAGGCUGUGGCUCAAACAGUGGGGGAGCAGCUGAGCCCCGCCAGCCUCCUGCUCCAGCACUUGGCGUCUCCUCUGCAUUUUGUGAAUACACAUUUCAAUGGAAAUGUACAACCAUCUGGUGCAGGCAUAUUGUCCAUAACAACUGCUGGGGAGGUGAAGACCAGUGCAGUCACCCCGGGUGCACAGCGGUCCCUGGAGGCUUUAAGCGAGGAGAUAGUGAGCACCGCUAUCUCCACUGUGGUGCAGAACACUCUUUCAGCCCUGCUGUGCUCCAGUGAGGCCAGUGAAGAGCCCACCUUGGCUGAGUUCCUUCCCACUGAAACCCUGCCAGGCAUUCUGGAGACCCCACCCAGUGACAGCACCUCUAAGACUUCAUCUACAACAAUAGGACCACUGGAGCCUGAGGACCUGGAUGAGGCAGCUACAGCAGAAACUGGUGCUGGCGAUGAAAUGCAUGACAACACACUAGUUCCCACCGAGGAAGAGGACUUUGAGCUUCUGGACCAAAGUGAACUGGAGCAGGUGGAUGAGGGGCUGGACCUCAGCUCUGACAGACAGGUGCCUGGAGGAGCCUCAGAGGCUCCAGACAUGUCUCCAUCUUCUCGGCAUCAACCACAAUCCUAGCUUCCCUAACACACCUCCAACUGGUU